UUCAGGUUACACAACACAGCGGUGAAGCAGACUCACCUGGACUUACCUGGAGCUGGAUCUGUGCCAUAACACUCAGCCAAAAUGAAAAUCGCUUCUUUUAACAUUCAGAGGUUUGGCCCUAAGAAAGCAUCUGACCCACACAUCAUCUGGAUCCUGGCAAAGAUUGUGUCUCGUUAUGACAUAAUCCUGAUCCUGGAGUUGGUGGAUAGAAGCGGAAGCGCCAUCAAAAUUCUGCUAAAAGCUCUCAACAAGGGAAACAAGAACAAUCAAUACAGCCUAAAGAUCAGCAGGAGACUGGGACGGUCCAGCUACAAGGAGCAGUUCGUGUUCCUCUACAGGAAUAACUUGGUGGACUUGGUCGACACAUAUCAAUUUGAUGACAUCGGAACUUUGAGCUACGAUGUAUUUGCUCGAGACCCCUACAUCGUGAGGUUCAAAUGUCUCACAUCAGAGCUGGAUUUCGUUCUCAUCCCAGUUCACACGACUCCAGAGGAAGCUGAGGCUGAACUGGACAAACUUCACGAGGUGUUUAUGGAUGUUAAGGAAAAAUGGCAAACUGAUAACAUAAUGAUUCUUGGGGACUUCAACGCUGAUGGUUCGUACCUUUCUGAAGCUCACAUGAACAUGAUCCGUAUCCGUAGCGACGAGGACUUCCACUGGCUCAUCUCAGACGACCAGGACACUACAACCAGCACAAUGAACACAAACACCUAUGACAGAAUUGUUGUCUAUGGUGAUGACAUGUUCCAGGCUGUUGUCCCAGGAUCGGCCAAACCAUUCAACUUUCAGGAAGCCUACGGACUCUCUGAUGAACGGGCCUUAGACGUGAGUGACCAUUAUCCUGUCGAGGUCACACUCGAGUGCUCAACCCCAUACGACGAGGAGGGUAAGAGAUGGAACUCUCUUUAAGUCUCUAACUGAUUAAAGGUGCACAGUGUAACUUUUUGGUUGGGGAUCCGUCACCUGUUUGUUUCUAUGGAUAUGUCAUGAGUGUGUCUGGAAUAUGAAAAC